AGACUGGUUUAGGAUUUGGUUCAGUGGUGUUGACAAAGAAGGGCAUUCACGUGGACAGGGAUGUGACAAUUGACGGCACUUUAUAUGCCAAACAAAUUAAAACGAUGGACACGAAGCAGAGCCUCACUUUUGAUUCACUCACCGACGAGAAGAUUGUAUUGAAAAACAGCGACAUUUGGGAAAAUAGUCUAUCAUUAGGAGAUGGGAAACUGGAGGUGCAGUCAAAUAACUUCCAGAUCCGAUCGACAGAUCCAGAUAUUGACGAUAACACGGAUGACAUACUGUUUAACGUAGAGCCGGGAGAGAUCACCCUUCAGGCCAAAGAUUUCGUGCAGCCCUCCCUCGGCGGACACAAUAUCAACACAUCGCUGGAAACCAAUUCAAUUCGCGGUCAUCUCUAUCACGACUUGAGGUAUAGCCUCACUUUUGAUUCACUCACCGACGAGAAGAUUGUAUUGAAAAACAGCGACAUUUGGGAAAAUAGUCUAUCAUUAGGAGAUGGGAAACUGGAGGUGCAGUCAAAUAACUUCCAGAUCCGAUCGACAGAUCCAGAUAUUGACGACAACACGGAUGACAUACUGUUUAACGUAGAGCCGGGAGAGAUCACCCUUCAGGCCAAAGAUUUCUUGCAGCCCUCCCUCGGCGGACACAAUAUCAACACAUCGCUGGAAACCAAUUCAAUUCGCGGUCAUCUCUAUCACGACUUG